AAAUCACAUUAACACAGUAUUAAAGUGUCUGUUCAGUUCCCUUUAGUCGAACAGCAGCACCGAAGGUUUAAUCAUUCCUUUUGGGUUUGCACGACGCGUGUUUUGUGAUACUUUAAAAUGAUGUAGCCCCGCCCUCUUGGGUUGGUCCUGAGGUGAUCUGGAUAUAAAACACUCCUUAAACAUACUGUAGGUGAGAAGGGCUUGAGAGCUCGGGCAGGUGUGGGAUCAGACCCGCACGACUCGGAUUUCCAGUUUGGCACUUGCGCGCCUUGACGCGCAAACUCCGGCCAGCUUUGCGUCACCUGCACCUCUGCGGAGGAGAAGGAGGAGGAAUAAUCACAGCAUGAAGCUGGAGGUGUUGCGGAGGAGCCACGAUGACGGGAAAGCUGUGGAGCUGUCCAGUGAGGCAGAGAUCAGUGCGCUGUCGCCUGUUUGUGCUGAGGAGGAGCUGGGGUCGGAUGAAGACUCCGUGGCGCACAGCCCUCCACCGCUGUGCGUCAAAAGCAAGGGAAGGACGUACACACGGAGACCCAAACCCCCCUUCUCAUACAUCGCUCUCAUCGCCAUGGCGAUCCGUGAUUCCCCCUCCGGACGUCUGACUUUGGCUGAAAUCAAUGACUACCUGACGGAGAAGUUCCCGUUCUUCAGGGGCAGCUACACCGGAUGGAGGAACUCGGUUCGGCACAACUUAUCUCUGAACGACUGCUUCGUCAAAGUGCUCCGCGACCCUGCGCGGCCCUGGGGAAAGGACAACUUCUGGAUGCUCAACCCUCACAGCGAGUACACGUUUGCUGACGGGAUGUUCCGGCGCAGGAGAAGGCGCAUCGGUGGAAAGAGCAGCAAGGCGCCCGAGGACGCGUCGGAACAGGAGCGCGCACCCGGAAGCAAAACACAAUCCAAGUUCACCAGCUCCUUUGCUAUUGACACCCUCCUGAGCGAACCGUUCAGGGUGAGCGCAGAGAAGGAGCUGGAUGAUUUACGCACGGCUGCGGUCAUGUGGCCGCAGUGCGCACAGUUAACACCCCAUCAUUCAAACCUGUCACCUGCAGGCGUCAAACGCGUGGAUUUAUGGGGAGAAAUGCUGCUUUCACGAACAGUCCAUUUUCAGAGCGGAAUUUGGACUCAUUUUUAAUUAGGUGAAGGAGGCGGAGUAAUAAAAAGACCUUUAAAUUUGGAUUUGACACGAGUUAAAGCACAGUUUGUUGUCGUGUUUUGUUUUUA